AGAUGACGCAAAGCUGGCCCGUUUCCAGCCUUAGCAUACUGUGUGUGGAACAUUCUUGGAAAGUCUUGUUUCUGCCCACAGGUCCGAAUCAGUGGUAUCAUUUGCCUGGCCUGACGCUGCCCUGAGCAGGAAGGGCUCUGAACCAGCACACGUGUACUUAGUAUCAAUCAUUGACUUAUACCCAACACAUCCCUGGAUCGUCAAAGUUCAUAGACAUUUUGUAUCCUGUGCUCAGAACUGCUGUAUGCUAGGCAGAACUCAAUCGAUAACACGUCUGUCUUUGCACAGCAUUAUGUCUAUUGUGCAAACAUGCAUAUUGCCCAGUACAAAGAUUUGAUAAGCAAGUAAACCAGAUCACGCGUCCGUGUGUAAGAAUGAGUCCAAAAAUGCACCAUCACAGUCCCGAAUGAUACAGUCUUAUGUUGCACCUGUGUGUUGUGGAGUUGUACAAAAGCGGAUGUUGUUUUAUUGUAACAUGAAGGCUAGGGACAAAUCACUGCCCUAUUUGGGAUAAGGAGUGUCUCCAAAGUGCUGCCUGCGGAUGGCGCAGAUGGAGUAAGGCUUAGGCUGCAAAGUCAUGCCCAGUUUGGGAGCCACUGUGGGAACGCUACCUGGCGGGAACUGAAGGUGGAACCUCUGGAGCAAAGUCGUGAAAAAGAGAAACAUCUCCAUUCGGGCCAGCUGCUCGCCAACACAGUGACGCCUCCCUGGGGGACAGAAAGACAAAGCCUCAGUUUAGACUCUUCAUUCUAACCAAGCCCAACAAUCACAACAUGAGGACCUGUGAUUGGCUGCCAGUGGACCAUGAUCAAGUGCUCACAGAACCCAGGGGAACGUACAUAAAAGCCUGUUCUGUGGGAGCGGCCAGCACAUCCUCACUUGAGCCUUCAGUUUCCUCCACCAAUACCGGCUUAUGGGAGUCAUGAUCACACUGAAAUUCGGGACUCUUCUUCUUGCCUGUGUGCUGACCUUCUGUCAAAUGUACAUCUCACAGGCAGCACCAUCAAGAAGUCGUGAAGACCCCAUGACAGAUGGAGUCACUCUAUCCAAUGAUGAUAUUCAGAAGUUACUACGAGCUAUUAAAGAAUUUAUGCAGCUUGCUUUAGAUGAUGAUCACCAAACAGCUGAUGGAAACAGCAACACAACAGCACAGAAGAGGGCAUGCAACACUGCCACCUGUGUAACCCACCGCUUGGCCGACUACUUGAGUCGAUCGGGAGGUCUGGGCUAUCGUAACUUUGUGGCCACCGGCGUGGGUGCCCAGGCGUUUGGAAAACGGAGGCGACGCAGCCCUGAAUGAGCACGCAAGCAUGUACAGUAUAUGGCUUGAAGAGACCGAGCUGCAUCAUUGUGCCUCCACUUCACACUUUAUGAACUGAUGUUUUAUUCCCACACCACUGCUGGUGUUUAUUGUUAGCCUGUAGUUAAGCACACAGUUGUAAAUUAUACUCGCGUUGGGAAGAUAUUGAGCUUUGCAAGCAGAGAGGAUGGAGGAGCCUGUAACUCAGCCGGCCUUUUGACCUGUGUGAGCAGUAUCAUGUUUCAUACUAGAAGUUUGACUGUGCAUCUGCAGCGCCCAUGAAACCCGGAACGACUGUGGCUGUCUUGUGCCUUCAAGUAAAUCAUGCCAUCAUAUUUAAUCAUAGUGCACAUUGCAAAUGCAAUGGUGAAACCUGUGUUUAUGACUGUGACUAUGUAAUAUAAUCCACGGAAUAAUUGUGAGCUGAAAGCGGUAAUAAAUUGUAAUUUAGCUACA